UCAGUGCUAGCACGGCUUGCAGCUUAAGCGCCUCCGCGGUCUGAGGAAUGUCAACUAUUCAACAUGGAGGCGGAGGUCGAUAAGCUGGAACUGAUGUUCCAGAAAGCUGAUUCUGAUUUGGAUUACAUUCAAUAUAGGCUGGAAUAUGAAAUCAAGACUAAUCACCCAGAUUCAGCAAGAGAGAAAAAUGCAGUUGCAAUUUUAAAGGAAUUAUCAGCAAUAAAGUCUCGAUAUCAAGCUUUGUGUGCACGCUUUAAGCCACUUUCUGUUGAGCAAACAGAGAGUAAGAGCCGCAUUUGUGCUACUCUGAGCAAGACAAUGACCAUGAUACAGGAACUACAAAAGCACACAGACCUGGAGCUAACUCCACUGACUGAAGAAGAGAAAGCUGUGACAGAGCAAUUAAAAUCUCACAUGCCAGACUUAUAAGACAUGGAAUUUUAAAACGGAUUCUAAUGGAGAAAAGAUCAAUUCCAAGAUCAAUUCAGCAAGAUGUCUUAUUUAUGCUUGAUGUCAUUAAUCCAUCAAGGGGUGGGAGGCCGAUGAGGAAGAUGGAGAUUUUCCUUGAGUGUCAGGAUCGUGAUACUUAGGGGAGGAAAUAGUUCGAAGGGUGGAUAUCAUAUGACUAAAAGCCUAAAAGGAUGGAAUGGGAAGAAGAUUGAAAUACUGAUGCCCAUACUUAGUUUUGUGGGUUCAGGUAAUGAAAUCCCUUAAUACUAUUUUAAUUUGUUUUCUUUUUUAUAUUUGGGAUAAUUUUAGAUAUUAUGGGAUUUUGUAAAAGAAUAUUUUUGUACAUUUCAAUCUGUUUUCAGGUGUUGUUUGU